AUAAACCUGACCUGGACUGAUGCCCAGGCUUACUGCAGAGAGAACUACACUGACUUGGCUACCAUUGACAAUAUGGAGGAAAUGAAAAGACUAACUGAGUCUGUAGGCUCUGAUUAUACUGGAGAAGCUUGGAUAGGACUGAAGAAAGGAACAUCAUGGAGAUGGCAGUGGUCCUCAGGAGAAGGAGGCACUGGGUACAUCAACUGGGAUAUAAGUCAACCAAACAACUUGUAUAAUAAUCAGCACUGUACCGAAGUCCGAAACAAUGGUAAAUGGAAUGAUUUUUACUGUUCAACAUCAAGUUAUUUCAUCUGUUAUACUGCACAGGUCACCUGGCCUGGGACAUGGGAUAUGACACCAUGUGAUGAAAAGCAUCCAUUCAUAUGCUAUGAUGAUAACCUGAUCUUGGUAAAUAGUAACAUGACCUGGAAUGAAGCCCUGAAUUACUGCAGAACGUACCAUUCGGACCUGGUGUCUGUCCACAAUGAGGAGAUCCAGUACUGGGUCAGUAGGAUGGCUGAGAAGGCCUCCACUGAUCAUGUCUGGCUGGGGCUGCGCUUCUCCUGCUACCUGAACUUCUGGUUCUGGGUCAGUGCAGAAAAUGUCUGCUACCAGAACUGGGCCCCAAACAACAUAUCCAACAGUAACUUGUGUGGAACCACAGGGGCAUUACAAUCUAAAGACCCACAAUACUGGGUCAGCCUGCCUGAGACUAAGGAGCUCAACUUCAUCUGCUCUAAAUAUCCAAUUCCCACAGGAAAGAGAACAGUGGUGAGACUGACUGUCAGAACUGAUGGAAAAGUAAAGGAUCCUGCAUUCAGCAGCCUUCUGUUAAUGCAGUUAAAGGAGAAACUGAUCAGCGCAGGCAUGUCAGAAGGCACCACACUAUCCUGGAGGACUCAACCUGAUGGCCAAAUCUUCCAUCUAAAGGACUAAAGAGCAUAAAUGACAAGGAGUCUGUGAAUUUGGAAGAGACGAAUCCUCAGUGUGUCUGGAAUCGCAGAGGGAUCUGAAGACCAAAGCAGGCCAAUAUGCGUUGAUUUGCACAUAACGCAAAGAAACGUUUGCUUUCUAGUGAAUUCAUGAUCAUACAAGUGAUUUUCUAUCCUUCUGCAUCUGCAUAAUAUAAACUUUCAUUUGUGCUGAUCCUGAAACAGAUAAUUGCUAACUGCAUUUCAGGCCUCACAGUGCUCACUGCUUUCCUUGGUGUGUUUUAGUUUAAUAGACGAUAAACAUUUAGAGCUUCAUGAUUCCAGGGUUGUGGGUUUAGCUCCGGCCCCAAGUUCUGAAUUUGUGAAGCUUGAAUGUUCUCCUGCCAUUUGCAUGGGUCUCCUUUGGAUACACAAGAUACCCUCCACAACUGUUGAUAAAAACAUUUAAUAACAUACAGAAAACUACAAAUUAUUACACAGGUGUGUAGAGUGUUGUGUUCCUACUACAUGCAUUGAACCUUAGUGAGGAGUCAAUAAAAAGUCUUAUGUGCUAUGGGCUCAUUAAUGUAGCAGGUUGUAAAAUUCAUAAUGACUGUAUAAAUGAUUACAUUCUUACACAGAUAUCAAUAAUUGCCAUAGACACACACAAUAACACAAAGCAUCCAUGCCAGAAAAACCCAGGCCAAGGCCCCACCCCUUAACAGGACACAGACACCAUUCACCUCUAUGGGAAAUUUGGGCUGCUCUAAUUCACCUAAACAUGGUUGGAGACUAAGAAGGAAACUAGGGAAAAAAAAACCCAUGAUGAUAAAA